AUGAUCGAUUAUUUACCAAAAUAUAUUAUAAAAGUCGUUAUUGGAACAAAAUGGAAAACCGAGCGUCCUUAUUUAGAGGGAGGUAUAUUUUUAGAGAAGCACGUUCUCUCGCAAAUUCACUUCCAUUGGGGCGCAGAUAUGACUGAAGGCAGUGAUCACACAGUUGACAAACGACGUCACCCCGGGGAAAUGCAGGUAACUUACUUCAGAUCAGAAUACAUGAACCAAGAAGAAGCUUUACGGCACCCCGACGGCGUUGUCAUGGUUUGCUAUCUCAUCAAAUAUGGAGUUCUCCCAGACGACCGUCUCAGUUGGGUCAUAGAGGGCUUCCCGAGAAUCCGCGAAGCUAAAACCAAUACUCGUAUAGGACCUUACCCGAUGUCUCAUCUGAUGCCUAUGUUUCACGAAGAUUACUUCGUUUACUGGGGCAGUUUGAAGACUGUAAGAGGAGAGAGCUAUAUAGUCAGGUGGCUUGUUCCUAGGAUAACACUAAGUGCCUCCUUUGAGCAGAUGAAAGAAUUUCGUAAAUUAUGGAAUCCAUGGGACGAGCCCAAUUUACGCAACUUCAGGCCUCUUCAAGAGCAACAGGAUCGCCACGUGUUCUUCAUCAGCCCUCAUUGGAGUCAAUACAACUCAUUGUUACCAAUACCACGGGUACCAGAGCCUUCUAUAUCGGUUUUAUCGCCUGCCUACCAAGCUAACUUAUGGAUGCUACCACCGCAGAACGCUUACAUGUUGCCGGAGCCUGAGCCAGAGGAGCAGGAAGCAGUAGUAGAAACUGAAGAAGAAUAAGUAGCUUGGUACACAUUUUUUACCCACAUAAAUUUCAAACCAUUUUGUUUGUAAAUAAAA